AUUGUGUUGAUUGUUGUAUAUUUCAUUGUUUUAGAUUCAGAGGCUGGUUAGUCUGCAUUUUCUGCUAUGCUGUCUGUUGUGACUGGAAUCCAUUAGGACCUGUGGAGAACAAGACUGGAGCAUGACCACUUUCGACAUCUACUCGUAAGUUGCACCUGACAAGGAGUGCUACUAUUGAUUUGACUUUAAUAAUUCAUGUAUUCUGGAGACGGGAAAGACAUUGCAAAGCUUUCAGUCAUUUGAGGGCAAUCAUGACUCAAGAUUGGACGGUUGUUAUCUUAUAGGGUUUAUGAAACAGAAUGGAUAUGGAAGGUCAGAGAAAUGGAAGCAUCUUUUCCAGAUUGUCCAAGAACACCAAAUCUGACGCCAGUAGUGAGUCUUGGUAUAAUAACUGCUAUACUGAAGAAAGAACAACUUACUCCUUUUGGAAAGCUUUACAUAGGCGAACGUCAACAUUUGUGUCCACUGCAGGUAGAGGCUCCAUAGACAGCACAGACUCUGGAUUCCUGACCAGCUGGUCACUUUGGCAAAGCUGCAGCACACACCGGCAACAACGAUGUCCCGACGUGGAAACAAUGGCAUCAGAUGACCCGGAGGAAUCAGAGCUUGGCUCUGUGGCCGUGGGGACCCCACUGGGGAAGGACUGUAUCUCCCUGGGAGUGGGAGAAGGAUUUAUCACUGAAAUCUCCCUGUCCUUCUCCAUCCUGCGACGCUCCACCCUGGGCCCUAAUGUCUCUCUGCAGGAGGCAGCUAGGAAGACUCUGUGGGCUCUAGAAAAUGAUAACAAGGAAACGCUGUUACUAUUUAAGGAGCUGUCUGCCCGGCUAGUGUCCAUCCAGGCCCAGAAUGAUGUUUUCAUUAUCACCUUUAAGACUAUAGAGGAAAUCUGGAAGUUUACUACUUACCUCUCACUAGGUAUUGUGGCUUGCACUUUAGAACAUCUGCUCUUCGAUGAGAGAUACUGGUUGAAUUCUGCGCUGGUAGAAGACACUGAAGUACAAGUAUCUGUAAAUCAGGAUGAAUUGGCAACACUGUAUCUUGGCCUCCUUCUCCAGGAAGGGUGCUUUUAUGCUCGAGCUGUGGUUCAUGAUGCUGGCGCUCAGGUGGAUGACGGAAAGUCUGAGUUUCUUGCAGUUUCUAUGAAUGAUGUAGUCUAUAUGAAGGACAUCGGUGAUGAGUCAUCAUGGGAAGGCCAGUCACUGAGUACAGGGGAGCGUGGAUUAUUGCCCAUCAUAUCAGUGGAGCCACUGCCUCAUCCUUUUUACCAAUGGUUUCUAAAAGUGUACCCUAUAUCCUGUAAUGUGACGGAGCAGAACUGCCGUAACAUCACAUCUCAGCCAAUAGGAUCAGGGCAGUGUACUGCGAGAGAAAGUCAUACAGCAACAGAAUGGGAUGAACUGAGCUACUGCAGGGGAGAUGCCAUUGAAGUUGUUGGUUUCUUUGUGCCUGGGCUCAAGUGGUUUGUUGGAAGGUGUCCUUCAACUGGAAUGAUUGGUUUUGUACAAACAAGGCAUGUGGAUCCAAACUGUCUGAAAGCUUUGUGUAAAGACUUAUUAUUUCUUAGUGAGGAGGAGAAGAUUUCCUUGAACUCUUUUGAUGAUGAAGCUCAUAGAGGCUCUGCAGAUCUUCUCCGUAGUUUGGCUCAGACUGAUAUCACGUCAGUGUACAGGAUGGAUGGUUUGGAUCCUGUGGAAAUAUACUUAAAAUCUUCUUUUGGGACAAGGGAAGAUUAUGGUGAAAUUCAGAUACCUGACUGCUGGGAGGAAAGCGAAGCUGUAACUGAUUCAUCGAAAUGUAGUAUCUCUGAGAAGUCAACACCAGAUUCUGAGUGGAAAUAUGGAGUAGAGAGCUUCCAUGUUCCUGGUCAAGAAGAUAUUGACGACCCUAAAUUUUUUGUUGACUUAAAUGCAAGUGACUUAGAAGACUGUGAAGUUUUUGAUCCUAUCUUGACAUUUCUCAACAAGGAGGGCUAUGACUCUCAUUUUCAGCCCUUAUACGACCUCUCAAUGACUUUUCUCAGCUCCACAUUUUAUGGAUUUUCUGAAGAGGAAGACUUAGUCAUGUACUUGGAAACAUCUCGGAACUGGGCAAAGAGAAAUAACAUGUCUUGGGCUCAUGUUCGUUGUUGCUUUCUUCUUGGACGUAUUUGUGCUAAGCGGAUGAAACUUUCUCAAGCGAGGGUUUAUCUUGAAGAAGCUUUAAGUGCCAUUAACCAGGGAUUUCGUGACCUGCACCUUUUGGCUGCCCUGUAUGGGAACUUAUCAGCUAUCUACUUGAAACAAAAUUUGAGAACUAAGCAAGACCUGUUGCUGGAAAAGGCUGCCAGUCUUUUAACAUGCUUACCACAGCAUAAUUUUAGCUCUGAGAAUGAGCUGGAGGUGCUAAAAUAUGUUUUUAGGAAAGCUGUCAUUGUCAAUAAUGCCUCCCUGGAAUCCAGAGUUUGCUUCCUCAUAUUCCGGUUACUCCAUCAGCUUGGUAGACAUGAUGAAGCCCUUCCCUUUCUAGAACGUCUACAGUUCCUUCUCAUCACCUCAUGCUCUCAGACUUUAAACUCCACUACAAGUGUGUUGCCAAUUUUAAGUUACUUAUAUGACAAGAAGUAUCUGCCUCAUGUUGCUUUGUCAUCAGCCAGAUUGUGCAAAACAGUUGGCAUGAAAACAUUACCCUCUCCUUUGUGGAGGGUAGCAGUUGUCAUGCAGAACUUAUCCAAAAUCAUGGGUUGUCCUCUGAAAGGGAAAUACAUUCCAGCCCAGGCUGCCCCAUACUUGAAACAUGCUUUGUCCUCUUCAUAUGAAAAUGGUGAUGUAAAAGCCCAGAGGACGCUGUGUCUUAUUUUAGCUAAGCUCUAUCUACAACAUUGUCUUCUGCCAGGUGCCGUUGGCUACACAAAAAGGGCUGUGGAACUGGGGAGAUGGACAAGUGAAGAAGAGGCUUUUGAAUCCUCUCUGUUUCUGGGAUGGCUGUAUAUACUGGAUGGCCAGUUUGAAGGGGCUUGUAAUAUUCUUAUGCCUCUGCUAGACUCCAUGCAGGAAACUGACAGCACCACACAGUGUGGUGUUGUACACAAUCUCCUUGCAAAUGCACAGAAGAUGAACAAACAGAUACUUGAAUCUUCAAGAGGGUAUUCUUAUGCUCUUAAGAUGGCUACUGAAACGGGGAACAGGCGGAACCAAGCCAUAGCCCUAGCAAACUUUGGAAGGUUGGCAGUGUUCUGUCAAGCAUAUAUUAUGGCGGAGAGGUAUUUUGUAAAAUCCACCCAGCUUUUUAUGGACGUGCAGGGUUGUGAUGAUGCAGAAAGGGAACUGGCACAGGUUCUCCAUUGGUUUGGAAACAUUCUAAUUCCACAACAUAGGCUGGAAGAUGGAAGGGUGUGUUAUGAACUGGCUUUGCUAUUUGCAAUGAAAUCCAACAAUCUGAAAAGUCAGCUCAGAAUCAUUGAAGAAUUGUUCAAUUUCUACAGUGAAGUAUGUCCCACCACUGGAGCACAAAUAACAUACUGUGAACACUGGGUUCUCAUUGUACAGCAGCUGAGGGACAGACAAAAGGAAGGAGAUGUGCUGAGUAUUCUGAGCAAGCUCUACCAGACUCUGAACACUGACAAGUCCCUAAGGAAAGCACUAGAUUAUACGAAGCAAAGUCUAAGGAUUUCCAUUGACCUGGGACAGCAUGAGAAGUCUGCUGAAAGAUGGAUACAAGCUGGAAAACUGUAUCAUCUACUGCGAGAGGAUGAGCUUGUUGAGAUUUAUCUGCAUGCUGGAAUCCAGGCUUCCCAGAGCUCCGAGCACUUUACUGCUACAUUGCACUUGUAUGAAGCUGCAGGAGAUGUGUUCUUCCAUGGGCUACAGAAGAGAGACAAAGCUCUGCCUUUUUAUAAGGAAGGCGCUCUGCCACUAGCAAAGAAGUUGGAGGACACAAAAUCGCAGCUGCGACUUUACCAUAAACUCACUCAGCUACUAAUAAGCCAAGGAGACUAUAAAGCGUCGCUGGAAUUUGCCACUAUGGCGGUCCGACUCGGCACGCUUGUGGAGGACCCAUUACAAGAGCUGGUUGCAUUCCAUCGAUUGGCAGGAGUUUACUACACUUUGCAGAUUUAUGAGAUUGCAGAGUACUGUUACCUCAAGGCGCUGUCAGUGUGUUCUUCAUCAAUUCAACAUGCAGUAGAGGCUGCCUAUUAUGUCAAGGUCUAUUGGCGUCUGGGGGACAUCGCACUCAAUAGGAGAAAGGAUGCUGAUGAUGCAGCUACCUACCUCUGCCUGGCCCUUGCUGCUGCUAUUGAAGUCGGAAAUGAAGAAUUUCAGCUGCUGCUCAUGGAGAAAAUUUCAGAUGUAUAUGGAAAGUUCCUGUGUGAUGGAGAGCAUUAAAUAAAGUCUACAACUUGUCAGGAAUCAAGCAUAUAAAUGAAACUAUGUUAUGCAUACUCUUGUCUAAUAUAAAAAGAGAAAAUCCUACAUCCCUCCUAUUUCAUGUAACAGAUGGACCAACCAUGCCACAUGCAUUCAAAUGGUUACUGAUUAUUACCAUAGAGAAAAGAACAUAACAAGUGGUAUGUCUCCUAAAGUGCAGCCCUGUUUAUGUAUAGGGGCUAAUACACGACCUUGAGUCAUUGCACAGAGCUCUUGCACACUGUUAGCAUCUCAGGUAUAAAGAAGAUAAUCUCAUUAUCCCACGCAGUACUAGAGAGAUUUGCAAAGCAUUUUUACAGCCAAUGUUUGUUUUUCAGCUUUCAACUCUAAUAUCCCUUAUAUGAAUCAUCAGGUAUAUUUGCCAGAAAGACAGUGUUAUGGCAAAACACAGAGAAACGUAAAUUUCCAAGCUUAUGUUUCAUUAACAAAAUAAACUCUAAGCACUUUUAUGAUGCACAUUGUUAUCUAUUUUUAAACUGAAAAGCAGUGAUCUAUUUAUGAUGUCACCAGCACUCACAACUAAACAUUGCUAUAUAUUAGCUAUAUGAUGGUUCUGUUCAGAAACAUCAACUACUGUUUCCAACUUUUCUGGCACAGUUUCAAUUAACCCCAGAUCCACACAAAUCAUGCCCUGUUUGCUACAUUAUGCAUCUAAAGCCACCUAUUUCUAAAGAUGCACCCACUUGGUUAUAGUCUGGGCUUGUCCCAUGAACACUUGAGCUGAUGGAAGGUGUUCAUGUAAUAAGUAUAAUGAUGUCAGAACAUUAAAAAAAAUAUAUCCAGUUUUUAAUCUUUUAAGAGGGAUGUUUUAUGAAAAUUCUGGUCCUUACUAUGUGUGUAACCUACUUAAAAAUUCCUGAAUCUUGAGAUCAUUAUUUUUAAAUAAGAAUACACAAAUCUGUGUAUUUACAAUACAGAAAAUGUAUUUUAGCUAUAGCCUAAGGAGGACAUUUAACUUGCAAGUGACAGAUCAAAGAAGGACCAAAUGUCGGGUAGACAAAUCUGUGAUCAAUUUCCUUUUAGUUAAAAAAAAGGACAAACUUGUUGAACAUAUAUCAGCUUCAGAAUUAUGCUUAUCAGUGGCGUUGCAUAGCUAGUGAUUGAUCUUGUGGCCAGACUUCUUCCCUUCAAAGAAGAUUUCUCAGAUCUAUAAGAGACAUGCAGAGUAGAAGGGAAGGUGUGAAUGUAGUUAAGACUGAAGUAAGUGAUGAGGGAAUACGAGACCUGAAGGCAAGUUCAGAACAGCAUUCUAGCUCUGAAACAUAGUUCUAGAAACUCAUUGUGGCUACAUGUAUCAUUUUAAAGUUUACCCCCCCCCCCCCUUGGCAUUUCAAGAACUACCUAAAACAAAAUGUCCUGUUGCCCAUUUAGACAUACAUGAGUGAAAUUGGGACAAGUUUUGUCACAUGUAGUCAAUAUCAGUCAAGAGUUUUUCAUGUUAUUGCUGUUUCGGGAUUGGUGCCAUAUAACAAGACCUGAACAUACCUAUUUAUAAAGAAGACAAGACCAUUAGAGCUCAUAUCGAAAACAACUAAAAUAUGAAUUUUCUAAAAAUCCACACUGAAGAUUUGCAUUAAUUAUUUAGGUUGUAAUUGACAAUUGACAUAAAGCAACUUUCCACUAAAAUCUGAAAAGCAGCUUUUAAAAUAAAUACAUUAGUUCAUGUUAAGUGUAUUAUUUAAUGCUUUAUUACCAUUAUUUUACAUAUUUUAAAUCAUAAGAAUAUAAAUGAUUUCAUGAUGAAAUCUGUUAUUUCAUUGUCUAGAAUUAAAUUAUUUUUGUGAACAGG